AUGUAUAAAGCAUUCGAUCCUUUAUCAAAAGAAAUUCUGAAACCUCAAAAACUAUCUCAGCCGAAUAUUUCUGGAAUGUUGGGUCAAGCAUGGAAAGAAAUGCAUCCAAUUGCUAAUGGUAAUAUCAGUGGCAAUCAAUAUCAAAUGACAACUGAAAGUUACUUCUUGAUUAAUUCUCUCGCCGCCCAACCAAACGAAAUCCCUCAAGAGGUUAUUGAAAGUGGCUCCUUGAACAAUCAUCAACAAUACGGAAGUCUUGAAGAAAUUCAGUCUCUUGUAUCCAAUGAGAAUCAAGUCAUCACCCAACAAAAUGAAAUCCCUCAAGAGAUUAUUGAAAAUGACUCCUUGAACAAUUCUAAACAAUACAGAAGUCUUGAAGAAAUUCAGCCUCUU